CUUAAAUAUGAAGAUGAAAAAUAAAAAAAAUGCGCAUUUUUUGUAACUUUUGAUUAUCGCAUAAACAAUUCGAUAAUUGAUAUUAAUGAUAAUCAGUAUAUAAAAUAAAUGAUAAAACAAUAAGAAAUCAGAUUAUAUCAACUUAUCAAUGUAAUUCAGUUAAAUUAAUGGAUAUUUUCUUGCAAGGAAAAAGAAAGAAGUAAAAUCUGCAGAAUCUAAAAAUCAAACGACAUUUGGUAAUUGAAUUUGAAGAAUUAGUAAUUCUCCGUCAAGACAAUAUCGUUUUAUACUUUUCGUUUCGUGAUUAAAAUCAACAGUUGGUGAACACCCGACAAAGAAGUGAUUAUUCCCGAAUAUUGUUACGACGAAAAUAUACAGUUCACAUAGAAGAGAGAGAGAGAGUAUAACUUGGAAAUCGCAUGCGUAAGAUCUGACAACGAUAUAUAGAGUACCAGAAGGAAGGCAGUUGCGCUUAAACGGCGCCUGGAAUCAGACGUUUUAACGCGAUAUAAAAGAUAUUAGUCUUACCAUUUUUUAUAAAGUAUUAAUUGUUUUAAUGGAUAGAUUUUGAAAAUUUACGGUAUAAGAUAAAAUCUAAAGAUGUAAAGAUAAAAUUCAUACUUAAUCAAAUUUUAAAAUUUGUUUAUUGAAGAUUCAAAUUGGAAAUUGAGAAUUGUUUCUUUAAAUGGAAACAUCUGCUACUUUUACGAUUUGUGAUAGACAAAACUAGAAAAUUAAAAGGAAAAUAGAAGUAUUUCUUUAGCGCAUUAUCAAGUGGAGAGAUAUUUUUAAUGACUUUUUACUUUGAUCAUUGAACAAAUGUCGGACACACCUUUGAUAACUUCUAUGUAAUAUCCUGCUGAACAACUUCCGGACAAUGAGAAACGAUCAUUAGUACAGCAAUACAGUUGAAACAAAUAAAAAAUUAGGACAGCACAAUGGACGUAUAUGAAGAUAUUGAUUUCAACAAUCCUAACAGUUUCAAUAUACAAAAUCAAACUUUGAAAAUAAAAGCAAAUCAGUGUCAUCAAGGAAAUAUUUCAUCAUCCGGAUGGUGUCCGGAAAUUUGGGACGAGAUAUUAUGCUGGCCAUCAACGGCACCUGGAGAGCUGGCCAUUUUAUCUUGUCCUUCUUAUAUCGUAGGAUUUGAUACUCACGCAAAUGCCUCUAGACAAUGUAUGAUGAAUGGACAAUGGUUAUGGAAUAGCACUGUCAACAAUACUUGGAGUAAUUACAGCCAAUGCUAUAGAAACAGUUUUGUAACUAUCCUGGUACCUGAAGAAGAACAAAUAAACAUUAGUAUUCUCAUUAAGAAAUAUAUUCCAAUAGUGAAGAUUAUCUCAAAAAUUGGAUAUACCGUUUCCUUUUUCACUUUAGUGAUAGCUUUCUUUAUUUUAGCUGUUAUUAAUUUAUCCCGAAUUGGACGUAGGAAAUUAAGAUGUCCCCGGAAUAUGCUGCACAUGCAUUUGUUUGCUUCGUUCAUGUUUCGUGCAUUCAUGGCAUUGAUGAAGGACAUCUUAUUCGUCUCCGGCAUUGCCUUAGCCUCAGACAUGAUAAUAAAAAACGGGAAAAUAUAUAGCCUGGUUGAUAAAAAAGAGAGCAGUUGGCUUUGUAAAAUGUUCACUAGCUUUUGGCAAUACUUCAUUCUCGCCAACUACUUUUGGAUAUUAAUGGAAGGUCUCUAUUUGCAUAAUCUAGUCUUUCUAGCACUUUUCACCGAUGUAAACUCGAGCAUUGCUGUCUACAUUUGUCUCGGAUGGGGAUUGCCAGCACUAUUUGUAUUAUGUUGGAUUGUAGCGAGAGUGACACUUGAAAAUAAGUACUGUUGGACGAUUCAUGAAAAUUCCAAUCUUUUUCUCUUGAUUCGAAUUCCAACUAUGCUCUCUAUUUUGAUCAACUUCGUAUUAUUUAUCAAUAUCGUUAGAGUGCUCUUGUUAAAGUUGAGGUCCACAGUAUCGGAGGAAACACAAAGAUACAAGAGGUGGGCAAAAAGUACUUUGAUUCUGGUGCCAUUAUUUGGAGUUCAUUAUACUCUUUUUUUGGGCAUGUCUUACAGUGAAAAUGAAACUGUUGAAAUUGUGUGGCUCUUUUGUGAUCAACUUUUUGCAUCUUUCCAAGGUUUCUUUGUGGCUGUUUUAUAUUGUUUUCUCAACGGUGAAGUACGGACCGAAGUAACUAGAAUAAUCAAAAAUCAGAGAUUAUUCCAUUUUCAUACUAAGUGGAUUUCCAGACAUUCCACUCACUCAGAUAGUACGUGUAGUUGCAAUGCAUCGAAAGUUGAUAAACACUCGGAGCGAUCACGCUGGUGGAAAGCACCUUGGCUCUAUUUUCUUAAUGACAGGACAGCACGACGCUCCACCCACUCGAUGGCGAGUAUACAAGAUAUUGGUACAAGGGGAGGUAGUUUAGCAAGUAGUAGAGGUUACCUGGAAAUUGCAGGAAACGGACAGAGUGCAUAUUCAGAGAAUCAGAAACAAACAAAUCACACGUCACUCUCCUAUGGUAAAUACACCGAUCAAUCGUUACUUCCUUUUUGUUCGAAUGAUUCAGAAGUUACACCCUGUACGGGAAAAAUAAAUAUUCAUAGAAUUCGAGAACAGCAUCGUUGGAGUGAUUCAGAAUGCUGUCAUCUCGCUUAUGAAUUACAUAAUCUACGUAAUGGACCUACAUAAUAAAAUCUCUUUCAUAAUUUAAUCUAAAUAAUUAUCUAAAUGAAUUUAUCAAAAAAAUUUUGUUUACGAAUAACUAAUGAAUGAAGUAAACAUAAUUCUUUCGAUAAAAAAGGAUGUGUGCAAUUAAAUUAUUAAAUUAUCAUAAAAUAUAUGAAGACUAUAAAUUCAAUGUUUUACUAAAAUUGUUUUCAAUUAUUGUGCUACUGAAGUAUCUCGAACAAUUAAAAAAGUAUCUUUAUUUUUCAUAUCAUCUUUUAUAUUAUUAUAAAUUUUCAUGAAUUUACAAAAAUAGGAAAACGAUUUUUAAUAUUUUUUUCUUUUUUUAAUAUUUAUAAUUGUUAUAAAGAAAUAGUAUUCGUUUUACAAGAAAUUAUUUAAAUACUAUUUUCACUUAUUACUGGCAAAAUUUUUUCAUAUACAAUAAUAUAACACUAAUUAAAUAUAUUUAUUGUAAAAAUGUUUUUUUAUAUCAAUAUAAAAAUAUGAAAAAAUUAAUUAAAUCUAACACUAUCAAAUCAAUCAAUAAUUUUAAUAUUAAAAAGAUUUUAUUACUAUUAAAAAUUGAUAUUUAUACAAUUCGACAUAUUUUAAUAUUUCCAUAUUCAUAUAUAAAAUUUUUUUAUGUUUUAUGAUAUUACUGCUAAAAAUUUUUUGCAAUUUUUUAAUCAAAUUUUAUUAUUAUUAUAAUUUUUUUUAAUUUUUAAUUUUUAAUUUGCAUCAUAUUAUAUCUUUGUUUAAUAGUGAUCUUAAUUUAAUGAGAUAAUAAUACAAAUAUUUUAUAUUUCAAAAAAUGAGACUAGUAUUUAUAUUUUCAUAUGUAUAACUUUACUUUAAUACAGGUUUUAUAUGUUUAGAAUAGUUGUUUCAUAAAUAUUUCAUAUCGUGUAUGUUUUAGGAUUAGGCAAUAUUUUCUAGUUUUUCCAGUUGUGUUGACAUUAAUUUGAAUAGGAAUUUUAUUAUGUUAGUAAGAUAGCGGCGCUGCUUCCAUUAUUUUUUUUCUUAUUUCUUCGCUAGGAAUAUAUACAUGUAGAUAGUCAUUUUUUCUUUUCAAUUGCUGUAUUAGGUUUUUCUGGUAAUCAUUCUCGUAUUAUUUUAAAAUUGUCAUCACUAAUAACAAAUUAAUUUAAUAUUAUUUAAAACAAAAUAAUAUAAUAUUUAAGAAAUAAAAUAAUCAAAAAUUAAAAUAGAAAAUUUAAAAAAUAAAACAAAGAAAUAAUAAACUUCAUGAAAAUGUGAGAUAUUAAAAAAAAUACAUCUCUUCUAAUAUAUAUAUAUUAAAAAAAAAUAAGUUUUUCAUUUUAUUUAUUUUAAGAGUGCAGAAAUAUACAGAUUUUCUAUCUCUAUAGAUUUGACACAUUUCUUAAAUUUCUUAAAUUUCUUAAAUUUCUUAAAUUCUUAAAUUUUUAAAUUCUUCGACAAUAUAUUUAAAAUCCUAGGUAUAGAUGUCAUAUUGAUGGAUAAUUAAGAAAACAAUGUAUUAAACAUAUCCAUUGAAUAUCUAUUGAAAAAUAGAAAGAUGAUUUGUAUUCAUGUAAAGUACGAUAUCAAUCAAUGGAAUUCCCGGGAGAUUUCGUUUAUAGAAUAUAGUGUGGUAUUUAAUUUUGAAUAUAGUAUCUUUCAAUAAAUUACAUACACGAAAACUAGAUUUCGAGUAAACAAUAAUCCAAAAUUUUGUCAAAUAAUCAAAAUAUUAAUUUCAUAAAGUUUUCUAAUUAAUCUCUGGAUCUAAAUAUGAUAAAGAUAUGAAAAUAUACAUAAGAAAAUCCAAAAAAUAAUAGAAGAUUUUAAAUGUGACAGUGAUCAAAAUUUCAUCCAUUUUAUUAACAAAAUAUUAACAAAAUAUUGCAAUGAAUCAAGGCCAAUUUAAAAAAAAAGUAUGGUGUAAUAUUAAAAAAUAAAGAAUAAUAUAGAAAAUAUUAAAAAUAUAAUAAAAUUAUUCAAUUAAAAUAUAAAUAACAAUUGAAAAUAAAUAAAUCUUUCAACGUCUGCUUAAUUAUUGCAUUAAAUCUACAUAAUAGAAAAAAUUUUAGAUAUUUAGAAUGAAUAAUUAAUUUUUUGCUGAUAAAUAUUACAAUAAAAUAUUAUUUAUGUCAAAUAUUUUCUUUCAGGACAUUUAUCCGAAUAUAAAAUUUAACUUUAUUUUUUUCAUAUUUAUAAAAAAAAUUUCUUAUUCAACUUUCUUAUUUUCUUUUAUUCUUAAUUAAAUGUUACCUCAUAUUAUUGUUACCUCUAAUUGAAAAUAUUUUGCCAGAAACACAUAAUAAUAAAAUUUUUAUUUUUAUUAUUUUGAUAUAAAGAUUUUUUGAAAUAUUAUUAUUCAAUUCAUGCAAUGUGAUUCAUGGAAUAACUAAGAAAUGUAAUAUUAGUGAUUCAUUGAAUUAUUUUAACAAAAUUACAAAUCAACUAAAUCAAAAUAAAUUGAUUAUAAAUCCAUCUUAUUUACUGUAAAUCUUAUUUUUAUUGUAAAUAAUGAUGAUGAUAAUAAUAGUAAUAAUAAUAAUAAUUAAUAAUAAUACAUGGAUUUCCAGACAUUUUAGCAGCCAUUUUUUAAUAUGUACUAAUAUUUUCAGAUUUUUGAAAUUGCAGUCUAUAAAUUUGUGUACAAUAUAAAUAAGAAGCUUUAAAAUAUUUAUUUUUUUACACAAUUUUACACAAUUUUACACAAUUUUACACAAUUUUACAUAUUUUUACACUUUUUGUCUCAAGAUUAUUAAUACUGCACCAGAAUUCGUUAAGCCUAACUGGUUUUCAAAGCAUGUAUUUAUAAUAAUAAUUUAAGGUGAAUAUGUAUAUAUAUAUAUAUAUAUAUAUAUAUAUAUAUUUUAUUACAUAUUUAUUGUAUAAAUUAAUUUUGAUUUUGUAAAUAUAUAUAUUCACUUUCAAUUAUUUUUUUUUUCUGCGAUUUAAGAAUUCGGAUGGUCUAGGCAACGAUUAUAUUGAACAUGAAUUAAGCGAAUAUAAACAAAUAUAAUCAAAUUUGCAUAAUCAUAUGAAUAUAUAUUUAUUAGCUAAUUUUAAAAUUAUAUGCUUGAAUCGAUGUCCAAUGUAACUGUUGCUGAAUAAUAAAUAAUUUGUUUGACCAUAAUUUUUAAGAAUUUCUCAGAAUCGUUCGAAUUUCGUAUGUCGUUUUUAAUGGAUCGGAUUAAAUCGAAUCAUGUCGAUAUCUGUUCCUAUUCAGUUCGGAUUAACGUAGGUGCAGUUUCAUAGAAAUUGCUCAUGUCGCGUAUAUCGCGUUUAUGUUGUAAAUUACAUAAAUAAAAUAAAUAUGUGUAUAUGUGUAUUUAAUGUUUAUUAUAAUAAAUACAACAUAUUGAAUUAA